AUGGAUUACGAUACUGCUCGUGGCUCCACAUGCUCCUCUUGUACAGUCACCGAUGAUUUCAGUAACUACUGGAUUCCUUCACUUUUCUAUCGAGCUCAAAACGGCACUUUUACCCCUGUUUCGCAGAUUGGAGGAGCCACAAUUUAUUACUUGCAACGCAGAGCAAACGACAGUGAGAAGCUUUUUGCUUUCCCCCCAGGCUUUCGUAUGCUUGCUGGAAACCCCAUGCUCCGGAACUACACAGAUGUUCCAGAACAACAAGCCAUCAGCUAUUCUUGUUUGGAUUAUUCCGGCGGUGGCGGGCCUGAAACCGGAGGCUUCCCCCAGAGGAACUGCGCUAAUGGAUAUCGUCUUCAAGUUUUUUUCCCUAGUUGCUGGGACGGGGAAAACCUGGAUUCCCCAGAUCACAAGUCCCACAUGGCUUACCCGGAUGGCGUUACUGGCGGGACUUGUCCCCCUACUCAUCCCAUAAGAUUUAUCUCAAUUUUCUAUGAAGUUAUAUACGAAACCAAUAAGUUUAGUGACCAGUGGUACGAUUCCACAGCACCAUUUGUACUUUCUAACGGUGAUCCAACUGGUUACGGACUUCAUGGUGAUUUUGUCAACGGCUGGAAUGUUGAUGUUCUUCAAAGCGCUAUCGAUGAUUGCAAUAGUGAGAGCGGAGUCAUAGAAGAAUGUCCUCAUUUCAAGUACUUUGACACUGUAAAGGUCCAGAACUGCUACAUCCCUCCAAGAAUUGAUGAACCUACAGAAGGAUUACUGCAAAAGCUCCCUGGUUGUAAUCCAGUACAAGAGGGGCCUGAAAACGCUACCCCGCAAACUGACUGCGGUGCCCCAACUGAAAUUGGCUCUCCUAAAUCCUAUGGUACAGAUGUAUCAAGCAGAGGAUGGAGUUAUCUCGACUGUGUCAUGGAUGAUCUUGAUAAUCGCACAUUUCCCAUCCGCGGAACUAACAGUACAAUGACCAAUGAAAUGUGUAUUGAUUACUGUGUUAGUAAAGGUGCCAUUUAUGCUGGUACGCAGUAUGGAGAAGAAUGUUACUGUGGAACCAAUGCUCCUCCUGCGGAUCGUAUGGGAUUUGCUAAGUGUGGCAUGCCAUGCGCUGGUAAUUCCACCCAAGUUUGUGGUGACGCUGCAAAGUUGUCGGUAUAUACAAAGAACGUCUCUCCCAUUGCAGGUUCAGGGGUCCAAUCCGUCCCUGCCAUGUCCAGCUCAUCCGCAACCAUCGCUACCACUAAUUCCAGCCCGCCCAGCAGUUUUAUUACUUCUAGCUCUAGCUCCACAGUAACCCCUACAAGUACUUCAUUAAGCUUUGCUGUAUUUGGUCUCACGGACACCGUCACCGUCUCGAAGGCGUUAUCUACCACUACUACUAUCAACCGAUCUUCUACUACCACAUCUGUUGUCGGAACAGCAUCUGACUCUGGAGCUACGAUUACGAGCCUACCCUCUGCUAUUCCAUCCGAGAUCCUUACUGGUUGGGUCUCAAAAGGAUGUUGGGUUGAUCCUGUCAACCCCCGUGCUCUAGAAACAUGGGGGUAUUGGGGUGAGAAAAUUACCACAUCUGGCUGCAUCAAUUGGUGUGACUCGAAAGGAUUCAUAUAUGCUGGAACCGAAUACGCCGGACAAUGCUUUUGCUCCAACGACUUCGCAGCCCCUGAAGAGUAG